AUGGCAACCACUGAUAAGGAAUACCGGGUCUUCGUGCGUGAGCCGAUGGGGGACAAGCCGGUGACAGACUUGCCGGGGAUCGAGGAAACGCUGGGCAGGAGGCUGCAGGAACGGGGCUUCUACAAUGCCUACAAGGUUCUGGGUCAGUUCGUGUGGCUGAGGAGAGACACGGACAGGUUCACCACCUGGCUGAAGAAAGCCAUCGGCGCCACCUCCGAGCAGGCCGACCUCUGCGCUCGGGCCCUGGAGGACUGGUGCACCAUCCAGCUCUACUGA